UGAAACGGAGAGAGUAGGAUGGACACAAAGUAUACGAGUGAAAUUAAAUCUGACGAAUUAAUGCUGAAUUGUAGCUGCAUCAAGCCAUCAACUCAUACACCUAUAUAAGAGCCUGGCACCAUGAAAGCUCUAGGCAACUCGUGCACACUCCAAUCACAAGAAAUUUCCACAAACUAUGGAGCUCGCACCAGCGCUCUCGUUGAGCAUGGCCAUGUCUUCGUGGGUCGCCACCAUCGUCACCCUCCUCAUCGGCGUCGCCGUGGCUUCGUUGCGUGGCCGCCAGCGCCGGACGAAGGCGCGGCUGAACCUCCCGCCGGGGCCGCGCGGGUGGCCGGUGUUCGGCAGCCUCGGCGCCCUGGCGGGCGCGCUCCCGCCGCACCGCGCCCUGGCGGCGCUCGCGGCGCGCCACGGCCCGCUCAUGCACCUCCGGCUGGGCUCGUUCGACGCCGUGGUCGCCUCCUCCGCCGGCGCCGCCAGGCUCGUCCUCAAGACCCACGACGCCGCCUUCGCCGACCGCGCGCGCACCGCCGCCGGCGAGCUCGUCGCGUACAACUACAAGGGGAUCGUGCACACCCCGUACGGCGCCUACUGGCGCAUGGCGCGCAAGCUCUGCGCCACCGAGCUCUUCUCCCCGCGCCGCGUCGACUCCUACGAGCGCAUCCGCGCGGAGGAGAUCGGGGCGCUCGCCCGCGACCUGUUCGGCCGCGCCGGCCGCGCCGUCGCCGUGCGGGAGCGCCUCGCGAGCGCGACGCUGCGGAACAUCCUCCGCAUGUCGGUCGGCGACAAGUGGUCGGGCGUCUACGGCAGCGCCGACGGCGAGGCGUUCCGGCGCACGCUCGACGAGGCGUUCGAGGUGUCCGGCGCGGUGAGCAACGUCGGCGAGUGGGUCUCCUUGCUGGGGUGGCUCGACGUGCAGGGGUUUCGCCGGAGGAUGAAGCGGCUGAGCAAGAUGUACGACCGGUUCCUCGAGCAGAUCCUUCACGAGCACGAGGCGAGCAUGGCGGCCGCCGGUGACGGCGGCCAGCCCGCGGCGGCGGCGUGCGACCUCGUCGACGUACUUCUGCAACUCUCCGGCGAGGAGGAGGAGGGCAGCGCGGGCGCGGGCGCGGACUCGGAGGCGAGGCUGACGCGCGACGGCGUGAAGGCGUUCAUCCUGGACAUCAUCGCCGGCGGCACGGAGAGCAGCGCGGUGGCGAUGGAGUGGGCGAUGGCGGAGCUCCUCCGCCGCCCCGACGCCAUGGCCGCCGCCACCGACGAGCUCGACCGCGUGGUCGGGACGGCGCGGUGGGUGACGGAGCGCGACAUCCCCGACCUCCCCUACGUCGACGCCGUCGUGAAGGAGGCGCUGCGGCUGCACCCGGUGGGCCCGCUGCUAGUCCCGCACCACGCCAUGGAGGACACGGUGGUCGCCGGCGGCUACGUCGUCCCCGCCGGCGCGCGCGUGCUGGUGAACGCGUGGGCCAUCGCGCGCGACCCGGCGUCGUGGCCCGACCGCCCCGAUGCGUUCCUGCCAGAGCGCUUCCUCCCCGGCGGCGGCGCCGCCGCCGCCGGAUUGGACGUGCGCGGGCAGCACUACGAGCUGCUGCCGUUCGGGUCGGGGCGGCGGGUCUGCCCGGCGACGAACCUGGCGAUGAAGAUGGUGGCGCUGGGCGUGGCGAGCUUGGUGCAGGGGUUCGCGUGGCGGCUGCCGGACGGCGUGGCGGCGGAGGACGUGAGCAUGGAGGAGCUGGUCGGGCUGUCCACGCGCCGGAAGGUGCCGCUCGUCGCCGUCGCCGAGCCCAGGCUGCCGGCGCAUCUCUACGCCGGCACCGCCGCAUGAGCGUCGCCGUCGGCGAGCGAGCGAGCGAACGUAAGCUACGAAUAAGUGGGUCCAAUGCAAGUGAAGGAAAUAGUAUCACACGUGUGGUGCACGUGUGUGCCACGUCUGAUAUAUUGAUCGAUUUUUGCCACCUGACCUGUGGCUGUGAACGCAUGCAUCAGUGGGUCAGUGUGUACGAUAUUUGUACGUGAUAUGAUUAAUUUAUCAUCAUUUGUAUAAAAUCGUAUCGUAGUUUACCUUUGCUUAUCA